AUGGACUCAAACGACCAGGUCUCAUGGUCACAACCUCGCCGCAAAACAGUCUACUCCAAGCUCCGAUCGAAGGCCGAACAAUGCCAUGAACGAGUCCCCUUCUUCCGAAAGCUGCCCGGCUCAGCAAUAGCAAUUAUAUUGCUUCUGGUCGCCGUCAACAUCCUAGUCUGGGUCGCCAGCGGCGUCGUUCUCGCCUUUCACCGCAGCCUCGUCACCACCGCCGUCCUCUCCUACACCCUCGGCCUCCGCCACGCUCUCGACGCCGACCACAUCACCGCCAUCGACCUCAUGACCCGGCGCCUAGUCGCCUCCGGUCGCCGUCCCGUCACCGUCGGCACGUUCUUCUCCCUCGGGCACUCUACCGUUGUAAUCGUCACCUCCAUCGUCGUCGCCGCCAGCAGCGCAGCGAUCUCAAACCGCUUCGGCUCCUUCUCGGAAGUCGGCUCCAUCAUCGGCUCCUCCAUCUCAGCAGCCUUCAUGCUCCUCCUCGGGAUCAUGAACGCCUACAUCCUCUACCGCCUGUACCUCCAACUCCAACGCGCCAUCGCCUCGCCCAUCGGCCACGAGAACCUCGACUUCAAUUUCGACGGCACCAGCGGCGGCGGGUGCAUGAUGCUGAUCCUCCGCAAAGUGUUCAAAAUCGUCGACCGCCCGUGGAAAAUGUACCCGCUCGGCAUCCUGUUUGGUCUCGGCUUCGACACUUCUUCUGAAAUCGCAUUGCUCGGCAUCGCGUCCAUUGAAGCCACACAAGGGACGUCGAUCUGGCUCAUCCUGAUCUUCCCAAUCUUAUUCACAGCAGGCAUGUGCCUCCUCGACACCUUCGACGGCGCGGCGAUGAUGAGUCUCUACACCUCUACCCGGCUAGCCAAGGACGCGAUAGCAGUGCUAUACUACCAGUGCGUUCUCACAGCCGUAACGGUCGUGGUCGCGAUCGUGAUUGGUGUCAUCCAGCUUCUCAACCUGAUCGUGAACGUGAAGCCGAAUCUUCACGGGCCGUUUUGGCGAGGGGUGGAGGUUGCGGGGGAGCAUUACGAUAUCAUUGGCGGGAGCAUAUGCGGGUCGUUUAUUGUGUUUGGGGUGUUGGCGGUGGUGUUGUAUAAGCCGUGGCGGAGGCGGGUGGAGAGGGGGAGGGUGGCGCCGAUGCCGACGGAGUAUGAAGAUGAGGGAGCUGGAGAGGGGGAUGAGUUGUCUGAGGUUGGGGUGGAGGCGGGUCCGACGUUAGGUAGCAAGGGGGACGGAAAAGGCGGUGGAAUCGAGGAUGUGACAAAAGGUGGGACGAAGGUGAAUGGGGAACCGUCAUGA